GCUACCUCCGUCCAAAGCAGAAGGGAUGUGAUAGAUCAACUGAGACAAAUGUUGAACGCGGCUAAUCAAAGAUGGAGGAGCGACCUGAGAAAUGAACAAUCAACAUAGGAACAAACACAACGUGUUUUUAGAGAAAAUAGAAAAGGGGAAAUCAGUCAUGGGGAACGAAGUUAGCCUGGAGGGUGUGGAAGGAGGGCUGGCCGGACUACCAGAAGGGGUUGUAGGGGAUGGGAAGGGGGGGUUUGUCCAGAUCCCUGCAGGAAUAGAGGCGGAUCUGAGCCAGCUGAGCGAGGAAGAGAAGAAACAGAUCGCAGCUGUAAUGUCAAGGGCGCAAGGGCAGCCUGGAAAACCCCCAGACCAGGGUUCAUCUGGUAUCACUAAAAGCCAAACAACCAAUGUCUUUAAGACAGAAAAACCCAAGCCUGGAAGGAGCCCCUCCUCCAUCAGCUUGCUAGAGUCACAAUCAAGGCCUGAAGUGAACGAGGAUCCAAAAGCAACCAUGAUGUCCAGCUUCCUUAGCGAGGGCAACCCCCUCAGUGCAAUGUCUUCUGUAGUCAACAAAUUCAGCCUUUUUGGGGAUGCAGAGGAAACGCAAAAAGGUGCACAGCAACCAGGGCCAACUAAAACUGGACCUCAACAGCAAGGACCUGCCAAACCUCCCUUACAGCAGCCAGAUCAUCGAAAGGACCCAUCUAAACAAGAAAGCCGUUCUAGCCAAUCACAAGGCCCAUCUUCCAGUUCUACACCAGCCCAUAAGAAAACUCUUUGUCCUCUUUGUACAACAACUGAGCUUCUUCUUCACACUCCAGAAAAGGCAAAUUAUAACACCUGCACACAGUGUCAUAUUGUGGUGUGUAGCCAGUGUGGAUUCAAUCCAAAUCCCCACAUGACAGAGGUUAACGAGUGGUUGUGUCUGAACUGUCAAGUGCAAAGAGCAAUGGGCAUGGAUGUCUCUGGACCUCCCAUGGCAAAGCCACAACCUCAGCAGCCCAGACAGCAGGUUACCCCUAGCUCCCCUCAGAAGACUGAACCAAACAAAGCACCAGAGCCUAAAAAACCUGCCCCACUAACCAAACAGCAGUCUAUGUCCAGUUCUCCACCCAUAAAGCCUAAAGAACCCUGGAAUGAUUCUUCGACCCAGAAACCAGCACAGCAGAAAGGUUCGAUCAAGCCUGACCCAUCAAGGCCACAAGAGGAUAGUAAGCAGAAACAAACAGAGGUUCAGAAAACACCAGAUCAGACUACCUCUCCUGCUCCUGGCAUCAAACAAGCUUCACAGGUUCCCCAAGGUCCUCCUCCAACACACCAAAAACAGCUUACACAGGUAGAAGAUUCCACUAAGCCAGCAUCACAGGCUCCAAAAGCUGGUGUAAAACAAAUGCAACCUGAGAGUCAAAAAUCUGGAGACCCCACAAAACAAAUGCAAACACAAUUGAAAGAAACAGCUAAUGAUGUGACUCCUAAAACUGAUCCCAAAACUGGUUCACCAGUACUGGAGCCAGCAAAAUCCGAACAGCCUGCACAAGUGCAUCCCAUUCAGCAGCCACCAAAAGCUCAAGAGCAGUCAAGACGGUUCAGCUUAAACAUUGGGGGUGUAACAGAGACACCUAAGCCACAGCCUGCCACUCCUCAAGAAACUGUAACUGGCAAGCUAUUUGGAUUUGGAUCAUUCUUCAGUCAGGCAUCUAAUUUGAUCAACAUGGCAGACAAGCCAGCAGAACAGCCUGCUCCCGUUGCUAAACAGCAACCUCCUUCUGAGCCUGUGAAUCAUCAGCAACCACCCAAGGAAGCCAGUUCGGCUCAGUCCUCUCCAAAACUCCCCCCUGCCAAAAAGGAAACACAACCUCAAGUGGCACAGAAACCAGAGCAACCAGUUGUUGGAAAAGCCCCUGCCUCUGGUCAGGAGGCAACUAAGACCGUGGCAGGAAGCACUGCUCCCCCUGCACCUCCUAAAUCAAAUUGUCCACUCUGUAAAGUUGAGCUCAACAUUGGUUCUAAGGAUCCACCUAACUUUAACACUUGUACUGAAUGCAAGAACAUGGUAUGCAAUCUUUGUGGAUUUAAUCCAAUGCCUCACCUCACAGAGAAAGAAUGGCUUUGCUUAAACUGCCAGACACAAAGGGCCCUUGCUGGACAACUUGGAGACAUGGGAAAAAAGACACCGCCAAUGCCUGUCUCCAUGAACCCAGCAGCCAAGCAGCCCCCAGCACCUAAAAUUCAGCCUGGGCCUGCACAACAGCCACCAGUCAUCACUGAACCCACACCACCUAAACCUGUACAAGUGCAGCAAAAAAAGGAGGAAGAGCCAUGCAAAGAAGAAACACCCACAGUCCCUGUGAUACAAAAGAAGGAGGAGAAAAUACCUCCAAAGCAAUUGACAAGGACACCUUCUCUUGACAAAACACUACCGCAGAAGCCUAAAGACAUAAACCAACCUGAGGUCAAUAUAGAAAAAAAUGAGAAAGCAUCAGUCACUGAGCCUACGAAGUCCAUGCCAGACACACCUCAGAAAAUUGCUCCAUCUCUUCAAGAAAGUAAGCAAGCAGAGGAUGGUCCUACUACUGAGUCAGCAGAAACCUCUGUGUCCAGGACACAAGAAAAGAAACAUAUGACAGAGAUUCCAGUCGAAGCACAGUCAUUGAAAAAGCCCAUCCAAGUGGAAACUAUGAAAGAAAGGCCUGAAAAGGAAGAUGAUAAAUCUGAUACUUCAGGUUCUUCACAGCAGAAAAGCCCCCAAGGUUUAAGUGAUACUGGCUACUCAUCUGAUGGUAUCUCAAGUUCACUAGGUGAAAUCCCAAGUCUUGCUCCAAACGAUGAAAAGGAGUUGGUAAAAGAGCCUUCAAAAAAGGACUCACUUUCUCAAGAGAGUAGUCCUUCAAGUCCAUCAGAUUUGGCCAAGCUAGAAAGCACUGUGAUUUCAAUUUUAGAAGCCCAAACAAGCACAGUUGAAAAAGAUCCGUACAGCCUUUAUGGUGAGCAGGAAAGGGAUCGCCAGAGAUCUAGAACAUUGCCAAUCACCCCAGAAUCUUGCAGUUCGGACGAGGAGGAUCUGGAAGACAUCCAAGAAGAGGAUGAAGAAGCUCUGGAAGAGGAACAUCGGAGUGAUGCAUCACUCAAAGGUCAUGAUUCUAAGGAUGGUAGUUCAGCAAGUAGGCAAAAUUAUGAUUCCAUUGUAGACAGAAGUGAAGGUGAACACUCUACUCUUCCGCAACGAAAACGGAGGGUGAGUAUUGGAUCCUCCAGUAGCAAUGAAUACAAACAAGAGGAUAGUCAGGGUUCUGGAGAUGAAGAUUUCAUUCGCAAACAGAUAAUUGGAAUGAGUGCAGAUGAGGAUGCCUCUGCUUCUGAUGAGGAUGAUUACAUUAGGACUCAGAUUAAAGAAAUUAGUGCAGAGCAGAAAAAAGAGCAUGAGGAUCGAAAAAGCAAAGGGAAAAGUACAGCAGGGAAAAGCAAACGACUAACCAAAAAAAGUGGCACGAGUCAUGAGGAUGACCCAGGGAGGAGGCAUUCAUGGCACGAUCGUGAUCAGGAAGAGGAAGUAGUGUAUGAUGUAAACCCAGAGUCAAAGUUCAGAGAAACCAAAAGUCAGGAAAAUGAAGAACUCUCUGUCUCAAGUGGAGGAGGCCUCAGACGUUUUAAGACAAUUGAGCUAAACAGUACCACUGCAACACCAUAUAUAGAAGGGACAGAGAAACAAGGGAGUCAGAAAGGCUAUGAGGGAGAACUUGAGAUGGAAAGCCUAACUGACUCUCCUGAGGAUAGAUCAAGAGGGGAAGGUUCAUCCAGUGUACAUGCAUCCAGUUUUACACCUGGAACUUCACCUACAUCUGUGUCAUCACUUGAUGAAGACAGUGACAGUAGUCCCAGUCACAAAAAAAUGAGUGGAGAAAGUAAACAAACAAGAAAGGCCAGACACCGAGCACAUGGCCAAGUCCUUCCUACAAUUGAAGAUUCUUCUGAAGAAGAAGAGCUGCGAGAAGAAGACGAACUCCUGAAGGAACAAGAGAAGCAGCAAGAGAUGGAACAGAAGCAGAGAAAAAGCUCCAGCAGGAAAUCCAAGAAAGACAAAGAUGAGCUAAGAGCACAGAAGAGAUGUGAGCGUCCUAAAACACCUCCAAGCAUUCUGUCCCCAAUUGAAGAUGCUUCUCCUUCAGAGGAGUUACGUCAAGCAGCAGAGAUGGAGGAACUCCAUAGGUCCUCUUGCUCUGAAUACUCUCCAAGUAUUGAAUCUGAACCUGAAGGGUUUGAAAUUUCCCCAGACAAAAUUCUAGCAGUUCAAAAGGUGUACAAGUUACCUACAUCUGUAUCCUUGUAUUCUCCAACUGAUGAGAAGAAUAUUGAUAUAUCCCAAAAGGUUACUACUCCAAAAUCUUUAAAAUGUGCUGAUGAAGUUUAUGAAGAAAUGACACAGAAAGCUAAAGUGCUUCAAAGUCAGAAGGGAACAGAUGUAUCACACGAGAAGGAGCCAUUAUAUGGAGGUAUGCUAAUUGAAGACUAUAUUUACGAAUCAUUAGUAGAAGACACAUACAGUGGAACAACAGACAGCAGCUACUUGACUGCACAACAAGAAUCAAGCAAAGGAGUGCAGGAACCUGGAAAGAAAUUAAGAUCGCCAGAUCAGGUUUUUGAUGAUAUGAUGCAAAAAAAGAAAUAUCAGACAGAAGAGGAAUAUUAUUAUUCACAGCCAUCAAACAAAAAAUUACCUCAGCAUGGCAUGAGUAUGCCACCUUCUGUCAGUAAGACAAGCCAGGUUUCAGAUUUCAAAGGAUGUGUAGAACCCUCUACAAAGGAAGAGAAACCACUGUUGGAUGCAGAUGUCGCUUAUGAGGAGCUUAUGAAGCGACAAAGGGCUAUUCUGACACCUGGAACCAGUCCAACCCAGCCUUCCAUUACAGAUAAUGAACCUACAACAUGUUCAUCAGUAGUAGUCACAGAAGCGCCACUCAGCAGCACAAUAUACCCAAUUCCUGAUGUCACAAUUACACAACACUUUACAGCAGAGGAAGAUAUUGAAGAGGAAUUCAUAAAUGAGUAUGCAAGUGAGUCACAGGAGCCCCACUCAACAGCUUUAUCAGAAGCAUCUCACCAUGCUACAAACAUCAAUAUACGGACAUCAACCGCAAGUACAACAUCCACAUCCGCAACUACAGUAACGUCUUCAAUGGCAAGUCCCAGUUCAGUAGUUUGUGAAACCCCAACUUCUGGAUCUAACCCUAUUUCAGUUUCAAUGAAAUACACACACUCACCACCACCACCACCUGUGUCUUCAUUCCAAAGUACUACAGGCAUAGUCUUUGUAGCGGAGGUGUCUUCUGCAACAAAAUCAACUGCUGCUGCCACCACUUCUGCUGAUACAUUUAGUGUUCCCAAGUACAGAGACUCUGUAAUAGUUGACAUACCAUCUAAAGCUGAAGAUAGUACAUUUUCAAAAUCUACACCAGUGGUUACAUCAAUUGCCGCCCCUGCUUCAGGAGCUGAAAUAAGUUCAUCAUUGACCAAUCCAACUUCAGUCAGUGUUGCCCUCUCACAGGUUUCUCCCACUAGUGCACCCCUGUCAACUAGCAUAGACCACGUUGUAAUUUCUGUGCCUGGUUUAGACGGUUCAACUGAUGUUGCUCACACAAUUGUGAGGAAACCAGUUGUAACAAAAUCAGAAGAGGUAUUAAAACCUUAUGAGCCUAAAACAACAGCAGUGACGUGUUCAAUAGGGGUUGCUGCUGCUCGAGCUGUCUUUCAGGCUACUAGCAAAGUCCCAUCAGCCUCUACUAGUUCAAUUUCUAGUACUCCUCCUAUUGUUGUAAGUGUAUCCCCUUUGCCUGUUGUACCACGGUAUAAUUCCUCAAUAUCUACAACUGUUUCUACUGCUGUCACAACCGUAGUGUCAAAGAUCCCCUCUACAACCUCAUCAGCCCCAUCUAUGUCCUCUCAAAUGUUCUCGUUUUUCAGACACUCUUCUCAAGAGUCUGUAUAUGAACCAGUGCCAUCACCACCUCCUCCCCCUCCUCCUCCUCCAUUACCACCACCAACCUUGCACAAGCCAUCUGUUUACCACAAAAAAAAAACUCCAGUUAGUACACCAGCAUUAAUUCCAACUAUUACAACAGUUUCCACAACAGUAACAUAUGCUCAGGCAACCAUUAUAACCACAUGCCCAAGUCCAUCGGUAAAAGGCUCAGUGGUUCCUGUUAUGAAAACUCCAGUUCCUCCACCUGUUCCACCUAAGCCACUGUCCAUUCCAGUAGGGUUGUUGUUUGGUCACAGAACAGUAGAAGGAAUUAAGCCUCCAAUUACCCCUAAACCAGGGGUAGCCCAGCCAACCAUAACUACCAAGGAAUAUACAGAGGAUUCACAAGCAAUACCCUUCAUCCCACCAAGCACAACUGCUAUGACACUAAAUUUAACCACCCCAGCUGAAUGUAGAUUGAUAUCCCCUUCAUCCCCUAUGUCUCCCUAUUCUAAUAAAUCCUCACCAAGAUAUACUAAUUCUCUUCAUGAAACCUAUGUGGUUAUCACUUUACCAUCUGAGCCUGGCACUCCAACAGAAUCUAUAACAACCCAGGCUCCUUCAGGGUAUCCACCAAAGCAACAGGGACAAUCAAGCUUGCCACCUAUGCCUUUUACUCAGUAUACAAAAUCUGAAAGCCAAGAAGUUAUGGGUCCAGAUAAAUAUGUUUCAAGUGUGAGUCAUGUUUAUUCCUCAGUUUCAACUUCAGCAAAACCUCCUGCAACUUUGCCCAGCCUAGUAGCACAAGUUGUGACCACAGAGGUUCAAAGAACUACAGUUUCUCUUGUUCGUGAAAGGUUACCCACUACAAAUGUUGCCAGUGUUAUUAUUACCAUUCCCCCAGAAAUAGCUAAACAUCAACAACCUACAACAAGUAAAGAAAAUGGCAACAUACAGUUUGUUGAUGAUGUGAUUGAUCUCCGUACUUUAACAAAGCUAGAUGUUGAAAUGACUGAUAAUGGAAUGGACUUAUCCACGGGUUCUGUGUAUUCAAGACGACAGUCUUGGUCAAGUGAAGGCAGUGGACGGCAGAUAAGUGCUGUACAGUCAGCUAUUGUAAAUUUGAGUACUGGGUCAACACCAGUAUCUACAUUGGCCGUUAUGACUGAGAGCAUAACCAUUGUGACUUGCACUGCUACUAUAGCAGCUUACAGAAGUGCAGGUAAGAGACCCAUUGAUGUAGAUCAAGCAAUGCCAAUGCCACUACAACUGACAACACCUAAGCCUUUUCAGCCCGUUGCCCAAAUAACCUACAGAACCUUGGAUACUCAGUCUAUAGCCACCAGCAGUUCAGAAGCCCCUAUAAAUCUGUCUUUUCGUACUGCUGCAUAUAUAGGAGCUGGGAAGCCUGUAACUGUUGCUCCUAAAGGCAUAACCAAUGGCUUAAUUGAUGUUUCUACAAAAUCUGUUCAGAAUGGAGCUGUGGACCUAAGCACUACAAAACCUCUUCGGACAAUGGUGGCUGUUAAUGAAUCUGCUUCAAAAGUGGUUACUACCAUUAUAGAAGAAGAUGACAAACCUGUGGACCUAACUGCAAGAAGAAGAGCUGUUUGCUGUGAUGUUGUCUACAAACUUCCAUUUAGAGGGAUCUGCACAUCACAGCAGCCUGCAACAACUCUGCCUGAAGAUCGUUUUGGUUACAGAGAAGAUCAUUAUCAAUAUGACCGUCCAGGAUCUUGUGGCAUGCGAGGUAUUGGUAGCAUGAAACCUUCCAUGUCUGAAACUAACUUAGAAGAGGCUGGUUUGUUUCUUUACAAAAGCAAGAACAGCUUUGACUAUCGUAGUGGUGUGACAGAGGGUGCGGUGGACCUUACUUCUGGAAGACGACCUGCAGGUGAAGUUUUGAACCAUUCAAGCAAGAGCACUGGCCCCUAUCCAGAGACCAGACGAGUGAUUUCAGGAACUGGAAUCGGUAUUCCACAGUAUUCACAAGCAAGAAUAACCCCACCAAUUGGAACCCAAUAUGGAGUAAACAGUGUAUUAAGAGCAUCCAAUGGUGUUGUAUAUUCUUCAGUGGCAGCUCCAGUCCCAUCUACUUUUGCCAUCACUACACAGCCUGGAUCUGUCUUUAGCACAACAUACAAAGAUUUGUCUGGACUGCAUACUAGUGAUACCAUGCCAUCCUUGUCAAGUCUACAGAAUCAACCACUUCCCAGGUCAUGCAGUUUCUUAACAAUCACAGCGACUGGUCAAGAAAGAACAGCUGGUCUUGAAACAAGUUUACAAAGUACAUCAUUAGAAACAUUGAUGACCGGGCAGAGUGGGUUGAUUCCUACUGUAACAACCGCUUCUGAGUCCUACACAGAUGCAUCAUUAGAUGCUAUAGCCUUGUCCCUGAAGGCAUUGGCACCCAUUGCAUACGAUGACUGUAAGCAGCAACAGUAUCAAAUGGAAUGUGAACUUCUUGAACUUGAAAAGUUUAAGCAGCUGCGCCUAGCUGAAGAACUGGAGUGGGAACGCCAAGAGAUACAAAGGUUCCGUGAACAGGAUAAGCUGAUAGUCCAACAAGAAUUAGAAGAACUGCAUACUAUGAAGCACCAGCUCCUUUUACAGCAAGAAGAAGAGCGACAUGCUCACUUAAUUAUGCAACAGGAGACCUUUGCCCAGCAACAGAUGCAGCUUGAGAAAAUUCAGCAGCUACAGCAUCAACUGCAACGACAACUGGAAGAGCAAAAAGUUCGACAGAUCUAUCAGUAUAGCUAUGACCCAUCUGACAAUGCUUCACCAAAGACAAGUUCAGAACAAGUACUGCAGGAUGCACAGUAUACAGUAGGAGAGAAUGGACAGUAUUGGCCAUUACAGGAUGAAACUGCAACCUCAUCUGCUUUAACCAGGAUUGAGCUUCAACAAAACGCUACCUGGUACACAGUUCCCUCAGAAGGGGUAGCUCAGUUUAUCCCUAGCUUGUCCAACUCAGUCUCUGAAAUGUCAUUAAAAGACAUUGUUAUACAAGAUGAUAGACAGCUGAAAAAGAGAAGCUCUCUGCCACGAUUACAUGGAAAGUACGAAGAACCUGACAAAGCAUUGCAUGAUGAUGUUAGAUCACACAAAAAGAUUGUAGACAGUGGAAUGCAAACAGAUGACGAAGAAGUUGUGGAUUUAUCUUACACUGGCAGGAGAUGGAGAACCAAGAAGAAUGUUGACACCAGCGUUCAGACAGAUGAUGAGGACCAAGAAGAGUGGGACAUCCCUACUAGGUCAAGACGAAGGUCACGGGUAAGCAAAUAUGGCGACGGCACUGAGACAGAUAAAAAUAAACACAAUUCUAAAGUAUCCAACAUAGCAAUUCAGACUGUGACAGAAAUUUCAGUUCAAACCGAACCUGUAGGAACUAUAAGGCUGCCAUCAAUAAGGACACGAGUGGAUACCAAGGUAGACUUAAAAAAACAUAUAUCUGCCUCAGAAAAGACCUAUAAAGGUGGUAGUUUAAGUUGCCAGACAGAACUAGACACAGAUAAACAAACUGGCCAGCACUCUCCUCAAAAAGACAAGAAGCGUCCAACGCCAUUAGAGAGUUAUUCCACCCACCUGAAAACAGACUCUUCCCUGCAAGUUGCUCCAUCACCUCCAAAAUCUCCUAAAGUUCUGUACUCUCCUAUUUCUCCUGUGUCUCCAAGUAAAUCAUUAGAAUUUGUGCCGUAUGAAAAAGCUCUUGGUGUUGAGAUUACUCCACAGAAAACGUUGAAAUCUGAAGUAUCCACAGCUCCUCCUCCCAGUCCUAGAACAAUGAAGAUGAUGCAGAGGUCUAUGUCUGAUCCAAAGCCACAGAGUCCUACAGCUGAUGAAAGUACCAGGCCUCAUUUCCAGUAUUCUGAUGGUUAUUCGAACAAAGGUAGUCAAAGUGGAACACCAUCCGGAACACAAAAAAAAGUUAAAAGGACUCUUCCGAAUCCCCCUCCUGACGAAGAUACAGCUGAAAACCAGUCCGGUUAUACCACCGUAGGGUCAGUUUCCCGUAGAAGAAUCUGCAGGACAAACACCAUGGCCAGAGCUAAGAUCCUUCAGGACAUUGACAGAGAGCUAGACCUUGUGGAGCGAGAGUCAUCUAAGCUUCGGAAAAAACAAGCAGAGCUUGACGAAGAAGAAAAAGAAAUCGACGCAAAGCUGAGAUACCUUGAAAUGGGCAUUAAUAGAAGAAAGGAUGCCUUGCUUAAAGAAAGAGAGAAGAGGGAGCGGGCUUAUCUGCAAGGUGUUGCAGAGGAACGGGAUUACAUGUCAGACAGUGAAAUAAGCAACAUUAGGGGGACUAGGGUAGAUAGUCAGCAUGGCUUAGAAAGACCCAGAACAGCACCACAAUCAGAAUUUGACCAGUUUAUGCCAACACAGACCCAACCUGAAUCCCAGUAUGCAGAACACACAAGCCCUUACACCCAGUAUCAAUAUGUCCCCCCUUCACUACCAACACAAGCCCCUUCUCAGUAUCCCCAGCAAACUCAUUACCAGCAUCAAUCACUGUACCACCAGCAGGUUUCACCCUAUCAAACUCAACCCAGUUACUCAUCUGUACCUGCAAUAUCCUACCCACAAGCACCACUCCCUCAGUCCCAACAGCCGAACUAUCAACGUCCAUCACAGAUGCUGUUAAUGCAAAAGCCCAGGCAGACCACACUAGCUGAUCUGGAACCAAAGAUAACUACCAAUUAUGAGGUAAUACGCAACCAGCCCCUUAUGAUUGUACCUUCUUCCACUGAAACCACAUAUGCAGGUCCCCAUAUGGGCAGUAAGUAUAGCAAUCUGGACCUGAGAAUAGGCUUGGAUGAGAGAAAUAGUAUGGUAAGCAGUCCCCUAUCAAACAUAGCAGCAGAUUCCUUUUAUGCUGACAUUGAGCAACAUACUCCUAGGAAUUAUGUUCUAAUUGAUGACAUUGGUGAACUCACCAAAGGUUCCACAUCUGUGUCUUCUACAUUUAACAUUUCUGACAAGGAUCUCACAAAAACGGAUCGACUGCUUCGCACUGGUGAGCUACGAAGGACUCCAGAAGUAACAGAUUUUCUUGGACCAUUACAGACUUCUUCAAGGAUGCAUACUUAUGGAAAGGCUGAAGAGGAUUCGAUGGAAGACCCAUAUGAACUAAAACUGCUAAAGCAGCAGAUAAAACAGGAGUUCCGUAGAGGCACAGAAGGUUUGGAUCACAUGUCUGGGCUGCCCCACUGUUAUCAAAGUGAUAGCAGUUACAGACAUUUCCCUAAAACUGAAAAGUACAGCAUCAGUAGACUGACUCUUGAAAAGCAAGCUGCCAAACAGCUUCCACCAUCUGUGCUGUACCAAAAACAGACCAAACAAAAAAAGCCUUUAAUGGACCCUAAAGUCACCAAGUUUUCUCCUAUUCAGGAAAGCAGAGACAUAGAGCCAGAUUAUAGUAAUUACCUGGCCUCUAGCACAUCCUCGGUUAGUGGUCUUUCCUCUAGAGCUAGAUUACUACAAGAUGAUAUUACAUUUGGACUGAGAAAGAACAUCUCAGAUCAGCAGAAGUACCUUGGGUCUACACUCGGUGCAAACCUUGCACACUCCCUUGGAAAUGCUUUAAAUCUGGUCCCAAACAUGCGAUCAUCACUGCAUGAUGACCUUAAUAAAUCGUAUCCCAGUGGCACUAGGUCAAGGCCUUCAUCAAGACCUUCAUCUGUCUAUGGACUUGACCUUUCAAUAAAAAGAGAUUCCUCCAGCACAUCCCUGAGAUUGAAAACUCAAGAGAAUGAGCCCUUAGAUUUCUCAUACACUCAUGCAUCAUCUUCUGUGAGAACAAAACCAACGAGCCUACCAAUUAGCCAAAGCAGAGGUAGAAUUCCAAUUGUAGCCCAGAACUCAGAGGAAGAAAGUCCCUUAAGUCCGGUUGGGCAACCAAUGGGCAUGGCCCGUGCUGCAGCUGGACCACUUCCACCUAUUUCUGCUGAUACAAGAGACCAGUUUGGCUCAAGCCACUCCCUUCCUGAGGUCCAGCAACAUAUGAGAGAGGAAUCAAGAACCCGUGGAUAUGACCGGGAUAUAGCAUUCAUUAUGGAUGACUUCCAGCAUGCAAUGUCAGAUAGCGAAGAAUGUGGCCCCAACAGUAAAACAAUUGAAAGCUCCGAGAAUACAUUGGAAUGCAACCCUCCUCUGCAUAACUACGCAUAUCACCUGCGUCAGGAGGAGACUGAUUGGUUUGACAAGCCACGAGAGUCCCGGAUAGAGAAUGGACAUGACUUGGAUAGAAGACUCCCUGAAAGAAUGUCACACAGCAAGCAAAGCCAACACCAGCAAGAAGCCAAGGCUAUUCAGUACACCUUCCCUUAUUCCAAAAUCAAACUGCAGAAGGACCCCAAAGAUCACAGUGUAUCAGGAAAUGGUUUAGGUAUUAGGGUUGUGGGUGGGAAGGAGAUUCCUGGGAACAAUGGAGAAACUGGAGCCUAUAUUGCCAAAAUCCUACCUGGAGGGACUGCUGAGCAAACAGGAAAGGUUGUUGAAGGAAUGCAGGUUUUGGAGUGGAAUGGAAUCUCUCUGACUGGUAAAACUUAUGAGGCAGUCCAAAGUAUCGUUGGUCAGCCAUGUGGGGAAGCUGAAAUAUGUGUAAGACUGGACUUGAACAUGUUAUCAGAUUCCAAAAACCCAGAGCACCUGGAGCUCCACGACCAAACAAAGGCCGCAGAAAGACAAAGGUCUCCAGGAGUCGAUCCUAAACAACUAGCGGCAGAACUACAGAAGGUUUCUCAGCAACAGGCACCUUCUUCAGUCACCUCAGCCACGGAGAAAGGCACCCAUUUUCACUCAGGCACUCCAUCAGCUGCCUCUAGUGCUGUCCCAAGCCCUGGCCAGCCUGGUUCACCAUCUGUGAGCAAGAAAAGACACAGUAGCAAGCCUGCUGAAGCCUCAAAAUCCCAAUCCCAUCCUAUCACAGGUGAAAUACAGUUACAAGUAAAUUAUGACAAACACCUUGGCAAUCUUAUUGUCCAUGUUCUACAAGCAAGAAACCUUGCCCCAAGGGACAACAAUGGCUAUUCUGACCCUUUCGUUAAAGUUUAUCUUCUACCAGGGAGAGGCCAAGUCAUGGUUGUCCAGAAUGCAAGUGUCGAGAACAAGAGAAGGACCAAGUAUGUGCAGAAAAGCCUCAACCCUGAAUGGAAUCAAACUGUCAUUUAUAAAAACAUACAUAUGGAGCAGCUGAAAAAGAAGACCCUGGAAGUGACUGUCUGGGACUAUGACAGAUUCUCUUCCAAUGACUUUCUUGGGGAGGUUCUCAUUGAUUUGUCCAACACCUCCCACCUCGACAAUACUCAUAGGUGGUACCCUCUAAAGGAACAAAGUGAGAGCAUCGAUCAUGGAAGAUUGCAUUCCGGACAGAGCAGCCAGCAGUCACCAAAGCCAUCUGUGAGCAAAAGCAGAAGUCAUGGAAUUUUCCCAGAUCCAUCCAAGGACAUGCAGGUGCCCACCAUUGAGAAAUCUCACAGCAGCCCUGGCAGCUCCAAGUCCUCCUCAGAAGGACAUUUACGCUCUCAUGGACCACCCCGCAGUCAAAGCAAAACCAGUGUCACUCAGACCCACCUUGAAGAUGCAGGGGCUGCCAUUGCAGCGGCCGAAGCAGCCGUCCAGCAGCUCCAUCUUCAACCAACAGUUCAUAAAAGCAGUCUGGCAAGUCAUGCCAAGAAGCAGCACAGACACAGCAUAGCGGGAGUCCUUCCAAUUCAAAGAACUCAAUCUGACAAUCUGCCUUCACCAGCCAAUGAGAGCAAAGACACAAGUCAGCUUGCCAUCAGGAAAGUGAUGUCUGAAGGACUGCCCAAGUCUGAAGGAGCAAGGUCCAACCACAGAGCCACUGACUCCUCUGUCUCGACUGCCUCAUCCAUCAGCAGCUUUGGCAGUGGAUACAGUGUAGACAGUGAAGGCAGCGCCACGGCAGGGGAAAACAACAUCUUUCCUGCUCCACGAAUGGGAAAGACUAUUCCAAAUGGUGCUGAGAAGCAACAAGGGCUGGGCCUAUCAGAAACAGAAGGGAAAACCCAAAUUAUGGGGGAGAUUAAAAUUGCCCUGAAGAAAGAAAUGAAGACUGAGGGAGAACAGCUUGUAGUAGAAAUUCUUCAAUGUAGAAACAUCACCUAUAAAUUUAAAUCCCCUGAUCAUCUCCCAGAUUUGUAUGUGAAGCUGUACGUGCUCAACGUAGCGACGCAGAAGAGAGUGAUUAAGAAGAAGACAAGAGUGUGCAGGCAUGAUCGUGAGCCUUCGUUUAAUGAGACAUUUCGUUUUAGUAUGAAUCCAGCAGGGCACUCUAUCCAGAUGUUUCUGGUUUCGAAUGGAGGGAAGUUCAUGAAGAAGACUCUGAUUGGAGAGGCCUACAUCUGGCUUGACAAAGUGGACCUAAGGAAAAGAGUAGUUAACUGGCACAAACUGUUGGUCAGCUCCACACAAAGCCACCCAUAACAACUGUUCAGGGUGUUUACACAAUAUUUAUGUUGUUCCUUAGGAAAGACAUCCAGGUCCAUUGGUUUUGUACUGUUAGCUACUAGUAGACCCCCAAAAGGGUGGGGAGAGAAAGUCCCAGUCAUACUGAGGCUGCCACACUUCACAGAGGCCAGGUGAAGAAAGAGUUAAAGAAUAUAACACCUUUCAAAUUCAAAAACAGGUACUUUCAAAAAGUAAAUGGAAUUCAAAUCACAUUUAACAGCAGUGACUUAACUAGCAAGGAAGAAAAAACUAUGGGAAGGUGUUAAUCCCGAGAGGCUGGUUGCCGUAAAAUGGAAAGCAAGCUGGUUCUCUGCGUGGCACAAAGGAGAUAUUUAUUUUAUGCAGUAUAAACUUGUGCAGGGUAUCACAAGACAGAAUUUGCACAUUGCACUUCUGAAUAGUGUGAAGGUGCAUUUCUUGACACCUAGAGCUGUCAUUAAUGCAUUGCACAAAGAUUAAGGCAGGAACAAAGUUUUCAGAUGCAGUUUCUUUAGAAGUGGCAUUCUAGACUAUUACAGUGAUAUCUGAUUUAUUGGUGGAGUUUUAAUGCAUUUUACUGGGACAAGAUGUGUUCCAAUUGAUGUUGAUACAUGGAAUCAAUGUAAUUAUUGUUUUUUUUGUUUUUUUAUAUACUUAAUAAUUGCAAUAUAGUGGGCAUUUGUUCGAAGAAAAAUAUUUUCUAUUACAGAUUUGAAUCAAUGUUUACUUAUGUCCUAAACAUAGGUCAGGUUGUCAUUUAUUUUUCUCUUUACUAACACAAAUUAUUAAAUGCAUAUCGCCUCAAAGGAGUAGCCCAGUUCAAAUGUCAAACACGCUGCAUUUUUACAUAGUAACAACAAGCUAAAACAUUCCUGGAUGACAUCCUCAUGUUAUUAAGCACUAUUCAUUCUAAGUACAGAUGAGGUUUAUUCAGUAUCUUACAGUAUAAAUAUAUGACAUAGGAAAAUACAGAAAAAAGGGGUUACAUAUGCCAAUGAAAAUCCUGAACUAGGGUUGGGGGUAUACUAUACCAGUAUUUAUGAGUAUGUACACUGUAAAGCAACACCUGAGACACCUGUAUAUUACAGUACAAGGGCUGUUGUUGUUUAUUAUUAUUUUAAAAACUAAACUGCUUUGACAAGACACUACUGUAUGUUUACACUGUAAUGUCACACACCUAUGGAAUAUUGUUAUCGACUCAGAUGGCUGAAAUCUUCCAAGCCAUUUUAUAAUAUAAAAUGAAUGAUGCUAAACAAGAUUUUUUUUUUUCUUGGUGCACUUAGUGCUCUUUGUAUUGUAAAUGAAGAAAGACAAUCACCUAUGGUAAAACAAGGUGUUUUGGUAUAAUGUUUGGGAUUACCAUAGUGGCUUUUCAACACCCUAAGCACUUUUAAGGCCAUGCUUAUUUAUUUGAAGCUUUAAUAGGAUAUUUAUUAUUUGCAUGCAGUAUAACAUACUAGGAAAACAAUUACCUCAUAAAAAGUAAAGACUAGACCUUUCCAUGAUUUACUAAUACAACUAUGGUCUAAGGUUUACAAAAAAUGAUAUACAACCCUGUCAAAUAUAGCAGAUAGCAAAUGCAGAAUUUGAAGGGCUAUUUGCCAUUAUUCACUUUAAUACUAAAAUUGUCAGGGCCUGUUGUUUUUAAAGGGUGUGAAGCAGCUCUAGGGUUGCCAGUGUAAAAAAAGAAAGAAAAAAAAAGUAUGCUAAUGGUUUCCAUAGAAAUGUAAACAAUGGAAUCAUCACUGUGUGGUUGAAAAAUAGUCAUCUGUAAUUGUCUGCCAGGAAGUGGCAGCUUGGGGCCCUCAAGUAGUUUUCUAUUAUUGUUUCCCAGCCUUACAUGUAUAAAACACAUUCCUGAAUAUCGUUGUGGAAUUUACACUCACGUCAUUAAGAAGAUGUAUCCCAGAACUUUUGUUGUGGUUAAACAGGAGUACUGUGGAAGAUAGUCUAAUUCUGAAGUGCAGGCAGUCCACAGCGGUUGUACUGUAGAUGUGAUUAAACUGCAAUUGGUGAACAUGUGUUUGUGGUCUGUUUUAGACCAGUUCUGUUCCAUUUUGACAUUUCAAUUCUCCAAGAAACAUAAGGUAUCUCCUGGUAUUUCACAUUCAUACAUACAUACAUACACAGUGCAGUACAUGUGCUACUGCUGAAAAACAGUCUCCAAGUGUAAUAAAUAAGUGGAAGAAAUAGAUUGUAAACUUCUAUGAAAUUGACCAGUAUGUUUCAGUUCUAGAUUAAUUUUAAAGACUGAAAGUCUCUAUUAUCCUUAAUAAAACUAAUUAAAUGGGUCAGGAUCAUUGCCUUUACCCUAUGAUAUAAGAGGACAAGACCCAGAAUUGCACACUGAAUAACAAUCUGACUGGCCUUCUAUGGCACAGUGCUACGAGACCUGAGACUUUCAAAUCUGUAUCAAUAUCAAUAAAGUUGUCAGCUAUGCUCUUGCAGUUUUAAAAGGCACAGGGUUGGUUUAAAAGUAAAACAUGCUUACAUGUACCAACCUAAUUUUUCGUAAUGAAAUUCACAGGUUCUGUUGGAGUAAUUCUAUGCAAAAUAGACAUUGUGCUUGUAUGCAUUUUAUUAACAAAUGAAACAUAAGCAAGAAUUAUGUCUGGACAAACUAAUCUUAUAUAGAGAAUUAACUUACUUUCUGUUUGUAUAUAUAUAUAUAUAUUUUUUAACCUGCCAGGUUGAAGUUUUAAAAGCUGCACAUGGAGGGUGUGCACUAUAAAUUUAAGUUAUACUUUGUAUUUUUCAUUGUAUGUUAUUGCAUGCAAUAUAUUAUCCAUUUCACAAAGGCGUUCCUAUGUUGCUUUCAUGUGGUAGCAAUUGAAGAGGAAUUCAUACAGGAAAAGGGCAUGUUUUGGGAUAACAGCAGCACAAAAUAUUUGUUUACAAACUGUUCCGACCUAUUAAUGAGAAGAUAUGCGUGCAAUAUCUAUAAUAAUAAUGUGGAUUUACAGUUGCCAUUGUAAGUUGCUUAGUUGCUUUUCGGUACUCAGAUUUAAGGAGACAGCAUCCUUCCUAUACGUUUUAAAUCAAUGUACAGUUUCUGUUGGCUGGUCGUCAUUUCAUGCAGCAUUUUACAGUUUUUUUUUUUUUUUUUUUUUUUUUUUUUUUUUUUUUACAGUAUUUGUUUCCUGGUUAUUUAUCAGUUGAACAUUUCAUUCAGGCAAAUAUUAGUGUUACUUUAGAAAUGAACAAACUCACAAAUAAAUGUUUAUAACAGCUGAUAUCAUACAUAUUAUUUGGUCUUAGAUAAUUGUAUCCACAUACAAGUUCAUUCAAUGAUAUUGGUUGAUCUUCUUAAAUCUUCAUGUGUGCUCCAUAUUUAGCUCUCGUUUUCUGGUGAACUAGAAACCAAGGCGUCUUAAAAUUAUUGUGAAUUGUGAGAAUGUGGUUUCUUUAUUUAUAACCUUGUAAAUAUAUAUAAUUUUUUCUACCAGAAGAGAUUUACAUAUUUAUUACUUUGGUCUGGCAUUGAGCAUGUGAAUGUGAAAAAACGAUUCUCUUUGACUGUAUCUGUAUAGUUGUCUAGUGAUGUGCUCAGGUGAAUAUUUAAUUGGCUGAAUAGAGUGUGUGCUGUCAACCUAUCAGAACCUACAGCAAACCUGAAGUUUUGCUUAUUAAAAACACAAACAAAAUCAAAUAAAUAAAUACAAUUUUAAAAAAUUAUAACAACUUGAGUAGUUCCAGGAGAAUUUCAAUGUUUUCACAUUGGAUGUUGCAUGUUUUGUUGGUGGCUUGUUAAUACAAUUUUUGUUUCCAGGUUCUAUGUAAAAAAAAAUAAUUAAAAAAAAAUGUAUACAUUUAAUUAAAGCAGUAUAAUAACUGUACAAAAAUAUGCUUGUAAAUCUUGUCUGGGUUUUCAAUCUGUGUAAAAAAAAAAGAAGAAUGUCAUGGUUUUGUGGUUGUACACAGGAUGUAUCUUGAGAUAUUAUGCAAUUUGUGCUGUACAAAAAGCUGUUCCCUCUGUCGAAAUAAUAAAUAUUUAAA